UUUUUUUUCAUAAUUUUUUGUGCAAACCCUAAAAAUCAAGGAUUUUGAUACUUGAUGCCACCUUAAAAGUUCUUGUUGUCAUGUUGGCAUUCCAACAUUUCAUGUUAGCUCUUAUUUAGCUCUAUUAAUAGCUCGCCGUCACAGAAGUAUGCUAACUUCUUCUGUGUUACAGUUAAACUAGCAUUUUUCAUAAAAAAACAUAAAAAUCAUGGAUUUUGACCCUCUCCACCAUAUUAGAAAUAUGCAAACUUCUCCUAUGUUAUGUUAAUGUGAACAUGCUAACCUGUUAUGCUAGCAUUUUUGCACAUUUUAUUUGUUGAAAUCUAAAACUCCUGGCUUUCUAUACUGUUUUUAUAUUAUCGUGUUAACAUUAGUAUGCCAACAUUUUAUGCUGAUAUUACAGAUAAUUGUAUUAAUUUAAACCUCAAGAACAUGGCACUUGAUGCUUGUCGCUAUCUUAGAAGUAUGCUAUUUUUUCCUAUGUUAUCAUGCUAACAUUAGCACGCUAACAUUUUAUGCUUGCAUAUUUGCUAAUUGUAUCCGUUUAAACCUAAAAAAACGUGGCUUUUGAUACUUGGCGUCAUCUUAGAAGUAGCCUAUUCUAACAUGCUAACAAUUCAUGCUAGCAUUUUAUCUAAUUGUAUUCGUUUAAACCUAAAAAUCAUGACUUUUGACAUUUGUUUAUUGGAUUUUUGACAAAUACAGUGCAGAAAUACAAUUAAACACAUGUCAAACAAGUACCCCACAAAAAUGAUAUACAAAAUCAAAUCAAAAUAAUAAACUAGGAAAGAAAAGAAAAAAAUUAAAUCGUUUUUUGUUUUGUUUUUAAAUCGAUUAAUCGUGAUUAAUCGAUUAAUCGGAACAUCAAAUUCUUUUUUGGACACCCAUAAUGAGUCAAAUAAGUACAGGCAAAUAUUGACAUGAAGCCACAGACAGCCCUGAGUGUCCCCAGCACGGUGCAGAAAUGCACAAAAGCAGUUCAAAAGGCUCAUCAAUUACCCACCUUUCAAUCGCGUUUCACGUUUGUCUUCUUGCUCAUUCUUCUUCUCCUGUCUUUCAGGAGCCUCCUGGACAGAGACACCUUCUCCAAGUCUGAUCCCAUCUGCGUGCUUUACACCCAGGGGAUCGCAAACAGGGAGUGGAGAGAGUUUGGCAGGACGGAGGUCAUCGACAACACCCUCAACCCAGACUUUGUCCGCAAGUUCAUUUUGGAUUAUUUCUUUGAGGAGCGGCAGAAUCUCCGCUUUGACCUCUACGACUUGGACUGCAAGAGCGACAACCUCUCCAAACACGACUUCCUGGGUCAGGCCUUCUGCACGCUGGGAGAGAUCGUGGGCUCGCUGGGAAGCCGCCUGGAGAGGCCUUUGAUCGGCAUCCCGGGGAAGAAAUGUGGAACAUUCAUCGUGAGAGCAGAGGAGCUGAGCAACUGCAGGGAGUCGGUCAUGCUGCAGUUUUGUGGCAACAAGCUGGACAAGAAGGAUUUCUUCGGGAAGUCGGAUCCUUUCCUCGUCUUUUAUCGCAGUAACGAAGACGGAUCGUUCACCAUUUGCCACAAAACCGAAGUGGUGAAGAACACUUUGGAUCCCGUCUGGCAGGCCUUCAAGAUUCCCGUCAGGGCGCUCUGCAACGGCGACUACGACAGGAGCAUCAAGGUGGAAGUGUACGACUGGGACAGAGAUGGCGGACACGACUUUAUCGGCGAGUUCAGCACCAGCUACAGAGAAAUGUCCAUAAGCCAGUUACAGUUUCAUAUCUACGAGGUGCUAAAUCCAAAGAAGAAAGGCAAGAAGAAGAAGAAGUACCAAAACUCAGGAACGGUGACCCUGCUGUCCUGCCUCGUGGACACAGAGCUGUCCUUCCUGGACUACAUCCGAGGCGGGACGCAGAUUAAUUUCACGGUGGCAAUCGAUUUCACCGCCUCCAAUGGCAACCCGUCGCAGCCCACCUCGCUGCACUACAUGAGCCCCUAUCAGCUCAACGACUACGCCAUGGCUCUGCGGGCUGUGGGCGAGAUCAUCCAGGACUACGACAGCGACAAGAUGUUUCCCGCCCUGGGCUUCGGCGCCAAGCUUCCCCCCGACGGGCGCGUCUCGCACGAGUUCGCCCUGAACGGCAACCCCCAGAACCCCUACUGUAACGGCAUCGAGGGCGUGAUGGAGGCAUAUUACCAGAGUCUCAAGUCGGUGCGCCUCUACGGACCCACCCACUUCUCCCCUGUCAUCAACCACGUGGCCAGGUAUGCAUCAGCGAUGACGGACGGCUCGCAGUACUUCAUCCUCUUGAUCAUCUCAGACGGCGUCAUCACGGACAUGGCUCAGACCAAAGAGUCCAUCGUCAACGCCGCCUCUCUACCCAUGUCAAUUAUCAUCGUUGGGGUCGGACCAGCCGAGUUCGACGAAAUGAUCGAGCUGGACGGAGAUGAGGAGAGGAUCUCCUCCCAAGGACGCUAUGCCGAGAGGGACAUCGUACAGUUCGUCCCUUUCCGAGACUACAUCGACCGCCGAGGCAACCACAUCCUCAGCAUGGCGCGGCUGGCCAAGGAGGUGCUGGCGGAAAUCCCCGACCAGUUCCUGUCCUACAUGAGGACGCGAGGCAUCAAGCCGGGCCCCCUGCCGCCGCCGUACACGCCGUGUCCCCUGCCGCCUCUGCACCCGCUCCUCACCCGGCGGGUGAGCCGGAUCUGAGGUUCCUGGGGAGGGGUCUUAGUGGCCUGCGCCCGCCUCUCUUCGUCUACCCAUUCGUCUUUUCAGCUUUGACGCUGGCGGCCCCGGGGGUCCGCCGCGCACCGGGAAUGUGGCCGGUGUUUGGCGAAGGCGGGAGCUCGGGACGUUUCCACGGGACCCCGUCAGCGAGUAGAGAAAUGUUUACAAGAGGAAGGUGUUGUUUCUUCAAAUAUAUCGUCUCUUCUUCAGUGGCGCAUGUGCUCGUUAAAAGAAGCAUGCACUGUCGUCCCGCACUCAGGGCCGCGUCCCUCCCCGCCGCCCUCCCGCCACUGCCGACAUCCUUCUGUUACGCCUCAAGGUGGCGCUCCGGCAGGGACUCCACCGGCCUUACUUUUUGCUCAGUUCACAGGCGCCAUCUUGGAAGCGAGGGCCCGCGUGUUUGGCGAAGGAUCUGGACGACAGGUUUUGUCUUUUUGCUUUCCUUGUGUUCUUCUUCUACCUCUUGAUGUGUUUACUGGCCAGCCAACACUUGAGCCCCGUCGCGUUCCUCCUUGACCUUUGACCCGCCCAAGCCAGGGGUGUCCAGACCUUUCACAGAUCAAAGGGUGCGGAGGCCACUUUGUUGUUCUGGUUUUCGAAACAGCAGUUGUGCACAAAACAAUUUAUUCACAUCCAAAUCGUGAUUUUUUAAAUUAUUUUUUCUUUUGGUAUAGAAUCAUUAUGAUUAUUGUACCAAAUAAUACAUUGUGAAAAUCGGUUCGAAUCAAGAAUCGAUUCUGAAUCGAAUCAAAAAUCAAAGAGUGCGAGGCCAUUUUGAUGUUUUUGGUUUUCGAAACAGCAGGUGUGCACAAAACAAUUGAUUCACAUCCGAAUCGCAAUUUUUGUAAUUUUAUUGGUAUCAAAUCAUUACGAUUAUUAUACCAAAUAAUACAAAGCGAAAAGCGGUUUGAAUCAAGAAGCGAUUCUGAAUCGAAUCAAAAAUCAAAGGAUGCGGAGGCCAUGUUGAUAUUUUUAUUUUCUAAACAGCAGGUACACAAAAGAAAUCGA